AUGGCCCAAGAGCAAACAGACAAGUCGUCGGCAAAGCCCACAAAGCGGGAAUUCAUCCAUCCGUCAGCGAAGCAUGCUAGGAAAAAGGCAAUUCGCAAUGCUUUUGCCAUCGAGCCUAUCUCAGCGUUCUAUAUGUUUCUGGGUGCAAACAUGAUUGCCGCCCUGUUCUCGCCCAUCCAGGACUGCGAUGAGACCUUCAACUAUUGGGAACCGGCCCAUUACCUGAGCCAUGGUUAUGGGCUUCAAACUUGGGAGUACUCCCCGGACUAUGCCAUCCGAAGCUGGCUGUAUAUUGGCAUCCAUGCCAUCGGUGCCAACAUUCGGCGCCUCUUACCCCAUUCUAACAAGGUUUCCGAGUUCUAUUUCCUCCGCUACCUUCUCGCCUUCGCCUGUGCUCUCUGCCAGACACUGAUGUGGCGUGCUGUCUGUCUGGCUCUGAAUCCUCGCAUCGGCCUGUUCUUUAUCCUAGCCCUGGUGUUCAGCCCAGGCAACUUCCACUCCAGCACUGCUUUUCUCCCAUCAAGCUUUGCUAUGUACAUGGCCAUGCUCGGUGCCGCUGCCUUCAUUAACUGGCGCGGUGGCAUCAAGACUUCUCAGGGCAUCUUCUGGUAUGCAGUGGGCGGCAUGCUUGGCUGGCCUUUUGCUAUGGCCCUCUGUGCUCCGUUUGUCCUCGAGGAAGUCUUCUUUGCCAUGAUCAGUGACAAGGAGGGAGUCUUCGAGUCAUGCAUCCGCCUUUUUCGCGGGGCCGUUGCAACCUUGCUUCUUGUGGCCUUCGACACUGUCAUCAAUCUCUAUUUCUACAAGAAGUGGGAGAUCGUGCCGUGGAACAUCAUCAAGUACAAUGUCUUCUCGUCCUCGGGCGGUCCCAACCUCUAUGGCACCGAGGACUGGACUUUUUACUUCAAAAAUCUCCUGUUAAACUUCAAUCUGUGGUUCAUUUUGGCCCUCUUGUCGUUGCCCCUCUUCCUGCUUCAGAAACUCCUUUUCCGCCGCAGCACAGCGGAGACUGCCCAGUCCGGUCUGCGCACUCUCGUCAUCCUCUCUCCCUUCUAUAUGUGGCUUGCUAUCUUCACGCUGCAGCCGCAUAAAGAGGAGCGUUUCAUGUACCCUGCCUAUCCAUUCCUCGCACUCAACGCUGCCAUGGCUCUUCACACAUUCCUCGCCAUCAUCGGGAAUGCGGAUCCGAAAACUCUCAUUGGGCGUGUCCCUGCCAAAGCGAAGCUUGCCGUCGUGGUCACUGGCAUCCUGCUCGCUAUCGAUUUCGGUCUCGCCCGCGUCUGGGGUAUCUAUUCUGGCUACCACGCACCUCUGGACAUUUAUCAGCCCCUCGCCGAGGUCGGUGGACGAGGCGACACCGUGUGCUUCGGCAAGGACUGGUACCGCUUCCCGACCUCUUUCUUCCUGCCCCGCGAUAUGCACGCCAAGUUCAUCCGCUCCGAGUUUCGCGGUCUCCUGCCUGGCGAGUUUUCGGAGGCCCGCACCGGCUUUGGCUUCUGGAGCGGCACCUGGCUGCCGACCAACGGGCUGAAUGACCGUAAUGAGGAGGAUCCGAGCAAGUACGUCGAUCUGAGCUCGUGCGUCUUCCUCGUCGACACGCAGUACCCUGAGCGAAAGGACGAAGAGCUGCCGGUGAACGAACCGGACUAUGCCAAGGAUGUGAACAGGUGGGAGGUGAUCAAGUGCGAGCCACUCUUGGAUGCUGAGCGGACGCACUUUUUCGCUCGCGCGUUGUGGCUCCCUGAUUGGAGCAUCGUGCCGGAAAAAUAUAGAAGGAAGUGGGGACGACAUUGCUUGCUGAAGCAGAGGAAGUGA